GAACAGUUUAUUUAUUUAUUACAGUUAUCACUUAUUAUCUUUUUACGUUUUGUUCAGUGGUUGAUAAAUCUUUAUAUUAAAUUUGUGUGUUAUUUUCGUUUUACGCAUUGUGUCCAUGAGUAACAUGGAAGUGGAUGGUGCGGAUAGUAGUAAUAGUUGUAGCAACAUACCAGAGGGAGGAAAAUACGCGAAUUCAAAAGCAUUUGUGGAUGCUGCACGCCAAUAUGAAACCACACAUAGCGAGGCAUCUGUUAGUUUAAUGAACAGAUAUUUAAACCUGUUAGCGUCAACGUGUGAUUUAUCAAUAUUCGCUCCCGGGCGGUCGGAGGUGUGCGCGUUGUUCAGCUCGCUGUGGCGGGUGAUGAGGGAGCCGGGCGGGCCGCAGUGGGCCGGCGUCGCUGUGCUGGCCCGCGCGUGCAUGGAGCCGAGCGCGCGGCAUGCGCUCACGCACACCUACAAAUUCAUGCCAAUAUUGACACAAUUAUUAUCAAAUUCAAUUUCAAAUGACAAAAAAAUCAAGUUGCUUACGGUAAUGCAGGAUGUUUCCUAUGGUAUUGUAAUAAGCUGGCAAGAAUCAUACCUCCCCGUGUUAAUGAAGCAGUUGACAGACUGGAUCUCGUCUCCAUGCAACGACACCCAGGACCAACUGAUCAGACAUAGGUGCCUCUCUGUGAUGGCUAACAUCUGUUCUGGAAACUUACCCGCUGUGUACGCCUUAAUGAGGACCAUAGACGCUCAGAAAUUUGUUGCUCAUCUUAUGAGUUUAAAGCAGGACAGCUGGUACGGCGGCGCUGGCGUGUGCCGCCUCCUGCUGUGUCUGUCGGCGGCGACGCGCGGCGCGGGCGCCGUGCGCCAGUCCGACGUAAACAGCUACCUAUCGUGCUGUGUGCUCACUUUCAGCAAGGCCGUCGCAGCUAAGGACUCAAGCCAACUGCUGCAAGCAUACACCCUAAUGAAUGAGUUGUGCCAAGACAUCAACCUGAGGAACUUGGUUGUCAGUGCGCCCGACUUCUGCAUAGAGGACACUUUGAAGAACUUGGUGGAGUUUUGCAACACACCUAAUGAAGCAUUAGAGCCUGAACAAGUCACAGCUGUUGUCCAAAAUGCUUUAAAGUUCCUAGCUGUCUUAGUUAAUUUAGAUAUGUAUCCAUUCCGCAAAAGCCACUGCCAAAUGCUCUGUCUGUGCCUGGUAGCACACCGGCUGUGUCUGCCAGAGAGCUUGGAAUUAUUCUCAUCCAUUAUAUGUCAAUACAAAGAUGAAGGUCAGCUACCUGAAGAGUUAAUAUUGAUGAUCAGCGAGGGUCUGCCAGGGCUCCUAGUGCCGCCAGCGCUAGAACCAGGGAAAGCUGGAUUGCAAUGGUUGCAAGUGGUUGGAGCCCUGUGCGAGACAGGCUCCACGCAAGAAAGGGUGCUGAGGGCUGUUUCGCCAGAUGCGUACGAAGAGAUUCUCCACAGCGUCCUGCACUAUUCAUCACAAAAUGGUUCGGUGGGUCAGGAGCAGGCCCAGCAGGCGGCCGUACUUGGCUGCAGGACGGCGCUGACGCUGGCGCCGCUGCUGCAGGCCUGGGCCGCCACGCUCAAGCGGCUGCUGCUCAACAACCAGGUCCGGAAAAUGUUAUCGGCUGGUCUUCGCAACGGAACGCGCCGACUUGAGAUCCUGAAGAUGAUUAGACACCAUCUCUUCCCUUGCGACCUAAUGGAUGAGGUGUUCGAGGAAUCCCCGAAGCAGGCGGCGGACGGGUGCACGUCGCCGCGCGCCGCGGAGGCCGACGAGGCGUGGCAGGCGGCGCCGCGCCUCGCGCCCGGCCAGGAGCACGCCGUCGACGCGCUCGUGCGCCAGCUCGGGGAAGCCCUUCACAAAAACAUGAUCUCAGAUAUAGCAACAUCUAGUGUAAUGGAGUUAUAUGGAUACAAGAUGGCAUGUUUGGAACAAAGACUACAUUCACAAACGGUUGCACUUCAGGGAGCAAGUGAACACAUGGCUUCUCUGCAACAUUCCCUCGCAAUGCUUCAAGCAACCAAUUCGUCUCAGCAAGAUGUUUUGUACACGACACAGAUGCAGAACGAAAAAUUAAAAAAGACAAUCGACAAUCUACACAAACAAUUAGAGGAUGCCGAGAGCGCCGUGCGCGGGUACCGAUCGAAGGUCGCCUCGGAAAAGGCACGGCAAGAAAAGCAAAAGGAGAUACUCCAGAACGAAUUCAAAACACAACUUACCACUUUAGAAAAUGGAAUGAAAACCAUCGAAAAAGAACAUCAGGAAAAAUUAAAAACUGUUGAACAGGAAACUAAAGCAGUGCAGAAGUUACUGGACCAAGAGACGAGCAAGUGCAACGAACUGGCGGCUGUGCUCAUACGGUUCGAAGAACAAGUACAGGCACAAGUUAAAGAGAUAGAAGAAGCCAAUGCACUUGAACGAAGUCUUAGAAAAGAAAUAGAACUUAAAGAAUUGACAAUAAAGCAUCAAGAAAAGACGAUACUCGAGCGCGAGAACCGGCUGUACCAGCUGAACACGCACCUCGAAGAGAUGAAACGCGUGCAGGAGAUGGUAGCCAAGAUCAUGUCCAAGAGCGCCAGCACCGCGGCCUCGCCCAACAACAGCACAUAACACAGGCCGCGCGCCUGCCGGCCUCACAUACUACGUGCAUAAUAUGCAGACAGUGGGUCAAAUUUCUGGGGAAUGAAGUCCUACCUUCCCUCAACUUCUAUGGUGCUUUCUUCCGGGUGUUUGUAGUAUAGUAGCGUAAGACUUAAUCAGCGUCGAAACGUCAAGAUGUAUUUCGAGUUAAUUAAACGCAAUACAAUCUGUUAAGCUUAUCCAUGUAUUAGUCUACUGCAUCAAAUAUUUUCUAUACAAGAUAUAGCUUAAAUGUGGACAUGUGUCAACCCUCUCCAUUUUAUCGAUAUCGAUAACGAAUGCAAGCAUGCAGCGAACACACUAUUUGACAGAUCUUUGACACAUGACCAUGGACCUUCAAUAGGGACUGAGCUCACACUUUUUUGCCAUACUAAAUUGAACUUUAUUACCGGUAGAGAAAGGCGUUCUUGUCAGACUAGCAAAAGUGUGUCCACACGAAAGGGUCAAAGUUGGAGCUGUUGUCCCUCUCGCACGUGUGACCAG